AUGCUGCCAAUUCUCACCUGGGCCUACCUGCGUCAUCUUGCCGUCCAGUACCAUGCGGAACCACAGGAACCGUUCGGUGGCGUACAGCGUAUAUCAGCGACACCUUCCCUCGGUAUGGAACCUGCAGCCCACGGCUACAAUUGUAGUCCCUUGUCGACGCUUACGCCCAUCAGCAACGCUUCGAAUAAGGGCCACGGAUUUACUACACACUUAGAUCGGGCAAUUGGCUCGACAUUCACUCCACACGGUUGUCAGUCAAGGUUAGGCGGUCGGUGGAUCAUCACAAACGAUACGGACGGCACAUUCCAUCCGUCCGUGCCGUUACAUCAGCGCUCAAACGUAGCAAGUGCGGGAGGAAACACCCACCAGUCGAGUAUGCAUUUCCGGGAGCAGGUGGACGCGUUCGGCAUCUCCAGCAGUACACAGAUCUCAGCAUUACCGCUUCCGCUGGUCCACAGUACGGGAGUCACCAGGGAUCCAACGGAUUCCCACGCGGUGCGCGGUAUCCCGGCUGUCGGAACCGGACUUGGAUCGGUCGGAUCAUUCGUUGCCGUGAACGAUGUCAUUGGCAUGAACAUUACACCGGCAUUAUCGCAGGUUCUUUUAGCGCCUCCCGCGACUAGUGCGGGCUCCGGUGCGUCCAUCAUUGCGGCCGUGAAUGGAGUGGCCGAUGACAACGGGACGCGCGGCGAGGAAAUAAAUUCCUUUUACUUUUAUGAGACUGAACAGUUCGCGUUGCUGUGGGUGCUGUUUACAGUGAUCGUGCUGGGCAAUUCGGCCGUGCUGCUGACGCUGAUGCUUAACAGAACUCGCAAAUCGCGAAUGAAUUUCUUCAUCAAGCAGCUUGCAAUUGCUGAUCUCUGCGUUGGAUUGCUAAGUGUUCUGACGGACAUCAUCUGGCGCAUCACGGUAGUAUGGCGAGCCGGAAAUGCCGCCUGUAAAGCCAUACGGUUCGUACAGGUCUGUGUUACAUACGCCUCCACGUACGUGCUGGUGGCGCUCAGCAUCGACCGCUACGAUGCCAUCACACAUCCGAUGAACUUUUCCGGCUGCUGGAGCCGUGCACGGAAGCUGGUGGCUGCGGCUUGGAGUUUCAGUAUCCUUUUCUCCCUACCGAUAACGUACUUUUACGAGGAGCGACUAAUACAGGGCAAAAUGCAGUGCUGGAUCGAUCUGGUAGAAGCGUGGCGAUGGCAACUUUACAUGUGCUGGGUGUCGGGUUCCCUGUUCGUCAUACCGGCGUUAAUCAUUUCCGCCUGUUACGCUAUCAUCGUACGAACGAUCUGGGCAAAGGGUACCAUUCUUGGUCCGAUUGAUCGGACGCACAACGGCAUGGCCGAUCUGGCAACACGGCGCGCCAGCUCCCGUGGCAUCAUACCGCGUGCGAAGGUGAAGACGGUCAAGAUGACGAUCGUGAUUGUGAUCGUGUUCGUGCUGUGCUGGUCACCGUACAUCAUCUUCGAUCUGCUGCAGGUAUUUGGGCAAAUACCGGCGACCCAAACUAAUGUGGCCAUUGCCACCUUCAUCCAAAGCCUGGCACCGCUCAACUCGGCGGCCAAUCCACUGAUAUACUGUCUCUUCUCAACGCAGGUGUGCCGUAUGAUUAAGAGACUGCCACCAUUCCGAUGGCUAUGGUCGACAAAGUGGUGCUGCAAACCGCACGAUUCCGGCACGCUACCGCUCGGCAAUGGGACGACAGUGAACGGUGCGGCACACGGACGGUUUCACAACCACAACAGUAGCGAUUCGAUGCGAACGCUCACCACGUCACUGACCGUGUCCCGGAGGUCCUGCCUGCGGCCGGCCCGAGUUGUCAUCGUGGAACGACCGAAAACGGAGCUCGCCAUGUCGGAGGUGUAG